AUGCAACCACAAGAAGAACAAUCAUGGCAGCAAAUCCGUACGCGAUACGGGAGAACUUGGUCGUGUUCCAGUUUACGUUCAUUCGACCAACUGGACGCGGAUGCACAGUCACAGCAAAGUCACAGGGCUGGAAGAGAUCCCAGUCCAUCCCCUGCGGCACAAGACGAGAAGGAACAGCCUCAAAAGACCGUAGAAACAUUGAUCUCGGACUGGUAUGUCUGGGAGGUGCUGGCAGUCCUGGUUUCAGCAGGUACACUGGUUGCUAUGGUCGCCCUGCUCAUCCAUUUUGACCACAAGCCCCAGCCUGCCUGGAGACUACUGUCGCUCAACUCGGUCAUUUCCUGGUUGAGUACUAUCUCCAAAGCCUGUGUUCUGUUCUCGAUCAAUGAAUGCAUCGGACAGCUGAAGUGGGUGUGGUUCGGACAAAGGCAGCAGCGCAUGGUGGAUCUCCAGACGUUUGACACGGCCAGUCGCGGUUUCUACGGGAGCGCCGUGCUCAUCUGGAUACUAAAAGCCAGGCACGCAGAAUCCACAAGACUUAGAUGGCCCUUGCUAACCGUUAUCAGGCAUUUUGCCGUUUGGGGUAGCCUGGCUAUCAUCCUCGCACUCGCCUUUGAUCCCUUCGUCCAGAAUCUGGUUCAUUACUACCCAAACUUGGUGGUCGACCCCUCGCAAACGGCCUUCCUGGCAAACAGCACCAGAUACGACACUGCCGGCUUGCUUGGUCGCGGUGCUAGCAGAGUCGAUCCUGUACUCAAAGCAAAUGUGUACAGCUCGCUCUUCAAUGCGGACCAGAGCAAGCCAUGGGCCAUUCCCCAGUACCUCUGCAGCUCGAGUAACUGCACCUGGGACCCAGUGGCGUCGUUGGGAGCUCGUGCGGUCUGCACCAAUGUUACUGACCAUCUCGUUCCCUCAUGCCGCAAUGUCACAUUUGGUCAUCGCGAAGCAGAGAACUGCUCAUUAACGCUUGCAAAUAGCAGCACAACUGUAUGGUUUGUUCCGAACACAGUGAUGCGCCGUCCACUCGCAGUAAACCCGGCCGUGGCUUCAGCUCUGGUAUAUAAAAAUGCCACACUUAGUCCGAUCCAGUUCAUCGCAGCGAGAGGUAUCACAAGCGAAAGAGGAGGAACAAUACCGGAUAUUGACCGCGACACUAAAUGGGAAGCAAUCGAGUGUUCCAUCGAGCCAGUAGUCCAGAGCAUCCGGGCUCGCGUUGAGGACAAUAUCUACAGCGAGGAUGUUCUCGCUACCUGGGUACAAAGCAAUCUCAUAGCAGUCCGGCGCAUUUUCAAGCCCAACUGGGGCCCAGAGUUGGGAGCCUCCCCGGCCCAGAACUUUUCGGUGCAUGUCACAGCCGGCUCCGCAAUCGACUACUUUUUGAAAACUACCUUCAACGGCGGUUUUGAUGAAGACGCCUUCGCAUCCUAUUACGCGCCUUCCAGAAUGGAUUAUGCAGGAUCGGAUGUCAUUGAGGCCCUGGCAACGGGCAACGUCAGCGGCUGCAGUCACGACGCCGUAGACAAAUUCAACUGCAGCAUGCACAAUGUGGCAGCUGCCAUCUCGAAGAGUUUCCGCGAUUCGGCGUAUAUCAGUGCGGGUUCGGAUCCCGACAAGGCGCAAAUGGCUGCUGGACGCGUGAUGCGAACCAUGACCUAUGUCGCCGUCCAAUGGCAAUGGAUUGUCUUGCCGGUUCUGGUGUGGUUGCUUGGAGUGGUAACUCUGGUCGGUACCGUAUGGAAGACGCGGAGGGCCGGAGCUCCCAAGUGGCGGAAUGACCCUUUGCCUUUGCUGUUUCUGUAUCGAGAAGAGAAGAAUGAUGGAGUGUCUGAAAGGGAUAUCAACCAAAGGGCGGACAGUUUGAAGGUCAAAUUGCAUGAGAGCGAUCAAAAGAGGCAUCUGGGGAGUUGA